AUGCUUCUAGGUGUCACUUCAAGCCACACGACUCUGUCACCUUUGGCUAUGGGUAUUGCAUCGACUGCUAUAUAUUUCAUUCUCCAUCCGUAUCAGCUAGGAGUGCUGGUUCAAUGGAAACUACGCAAUGGUCCCAUGCACAAGAGAGGUGAAACACAAGAAUCGGCAACGGCCAAGAUCUGCUUCAACUUCUUGGAUCAGACAGGUCGUAGCUUCAGUCCCGUCAUUCAAGAGCUUCACCCCGAGCUGCUCUUGCCUGUAUGCGUAUUCUACUUGAUACUCCGUGGCCUCGAUACGAUCGAAGAUGACACCUCUAUUCCCCUCGAUGUGAAGGAGCCGCUCCUUCGGGACUUCAAGGACCACCUAGAUCACGAUGGCUGGACUUUCACCGGCAAUCGGCCGGAAGAGAAGGAUCGUGAACUAUUGGUGCAAUUCGACAAUGUCAUUGUGGAAUACAGGAAAUUGAAGCAGCCCUACCAAGCGAUCAUAAAGAGUACAACCGAUAAAAUGGGGAAUGGUAUGGCCGAUUUUGCGAGAAAAGCGGCUUUCGGAGACAUCAGCGUGAGCACAGUGGAGGAGUACGACCUCUAUUGCUGGCACGUUGCCGGAAUAGUUGGUGAGGGCCUUACUUACCUCUUUUUCGAGGCUGGGCUGGCCGAUACAACUUUGAUCAAUCAUUCGCUGUAUAGAUCAAUGGGUCUCUUCUUGCAAAAGAAUAACAUUAUUCGCGACAUUCGCGAAGACUUUGACGAUGGUCGCCAGUUCUGGCCCAGAGAGAUUUGGUCCAAGCACGUCGAUAACUUUGAAGACCUUUUUGACCCUAGAUGUAUCGAGGAUGCCCUGAACUGCGGCUCUGAGAUGGUUUUGAAUGCACUGGGACAUGCGUGUGACUGUUUGUCGUAUAUUGCGGGCUUGCGCGAGCAGAGUGUGUUCAAUUUUUGCGCCAUCCCCCAAGCCAUGGCUUUGGCUACACUGGAGUUGUGCUUCCGCAACCCCACAAUGUUUGAGCAAAACGUCAAGAUCACGAAAGGAGCUGCGUUGAACUUGAUGACUGAAUCUAGUCAGGAUUCUGAGGGUGUUGUGGUGGUCUUUUGGCGUUAUGCUCGUCGGAUUCAACAAAAAAAUGACCCCAAGGAUCCGAAUUUCUUGAAGAUUAGUAUUAUCGAGAAAUUUGCCGAGACCUUGGCGCCAAAGAGUGUUGAACGUACUAGAAGGAAGGAGCAAAAGAUUGGAUCUUCUACCGGACGAGUGGUUCUUACAUUGACCAUCGCCUCAGUCUUUACCACUAUUUCUGUUAUGAUUCUAUUCCCUAGCUGGGUGCAUGAGUGGUACCUGCUCAUUCCCACACUGAUGCCGCAGAAGUAUGGAUUCGACUCACUGCAAAAAAAAUUGUGUCACACCCCAUUGGCGAUCGGCUCAGUUCCCAUUCGAUGGACUCCUGGAAAGCUGGUGGACUAA